AUGGCCAGAAGCUACCAUACACUCGAAUCGCUAGCCAAAACGUCGCCGUACACUGCGCUCAUGAGGCCGGAUGAAGACGUUCCGACGCCGGACAAGGUGAGUAUUGCGGCGUCAAAGACCCCGAGACAGUUGAAGUCUGGCUUCUUCACAUACACGUACCCGACGGAACGGAAGGCGUACGAGUUCUUGAGCAGCUCCACGCGGGCCAUGCUUGAUCUCGGCUUGGACCCGAACGCGGAGCCCAAGUCCCAAUUCUUCAGAGACAUUGUGUCCGGGAAGACCACGUACGUGUCGGAGAAGGACGGGGUGCAUCCGUUUGCGAUGGCCUACGCCGGGUUCCAGUUCGGGAACUUUGCCGGCCAACUAGGAGACGGCCGGGUGGUGAACUUGUUCACGGUGAAGAACCCGGAGACGGGGAAGUCGUACGAGCUCCAGCUCAAGGGCGCUGGUAAGACGCCGUUCUCGCGUUUUGCGGACGGCAAUGCUGUGCUCAGGUCGUCGAUUCGGGAGUACGUCAUCUCCGAGAGCUUGAACGCCAUUGGGAUUCCCUCCACGAGAGCGUUGGCGAUCACCGCUUUACCUGAAAACAGGGCGCAACGGUCCGGCGCCGAGAUCUGCGCCGUUGUCUGCAGAAUGUCUCCAACGUGGCUUAGAAUUGGCCAUUUCGACUACUGUCGGAUGAAGGGGGACAGGAAGGGCCUACUGGAGCUCUGCGACUACAUCAACGGCGAGGUGCUGGACGGUAAGAAGUACACGAAGGAGUUGGAGGACUUCAUCGCCGGUGACGAGAAAUUGAAGCAGUUAGAGCUGACCGACUACGAUAAGCUCUUUUUGGACAUUGUCAUCCGGAACGCCAAGUCGGUCGCGUACUGGCAUACGUACGGGUUCUUGAACGGUGUCUUGAACACGGACAACACCUCUGUGCUUGGGUUGGCGAUCGAUUUCGGGCCGUUUGCAAUCAUGGACAAGUUUGAUCCGAACUACACCUCGAACAGCGAGGACCACACGUUGAGAUACUCUUUCAAAAACACUCCUUCGGCGAUAUGGUUCAACAUGGUUAAGUUGGCCGAGUCUUUGGCCGAGAUCUUGGGGGCCACUCCGGAGCUCUUGAAGGACGAGAACUUCCAGAAGAACGGGUUCCCGGACGAGAAGUCCAUUGCGGCCGCCACAGCACGAGUCAACAGUCUUGUUCAGGCUGCCGGCGACGUCUACGAGAAGGUUUUCAUCGAGGACUACCUGCGGUUGGUCUGCGGCCGGUUGGGCAUCACACCAAAGGAGUCGGACAACUCGGAGAUCCUGGGUCUCUUGUUCGAGACGUUGCAGGUGACUAAGCUCGAGUACAACAAGUUCUUCACGAUUUUGCAGAGCUUGCCCUUAAGGGACGACGACUUUGACGCCGGGUUGGCCGCGUUGGCGUUUCUCCCAGAGUCGCUGCAGGCGCCCGAGCAGAAGGAGGAGCGGGACAAGGUGUUGAAGGAGCUCCGGGUCUUCCUCACGAUCUUCAGGGCUCGUGUUGAGGAGGAGUUUCUCACGGACGAGGUCCGGCUGGAGCGUGCACGGGGAUCCAACCCGCUCUUUGUUCCUAAGAACUGGGUUUUGGACGACGUGAUCUCGUAUACGACGGAGAAGCUCCGGGCGAAGGCCGGCGAGGCCGAGGCCGGUGCGUACUUGAACAAGAUCAUGAAGAUGGCGAACAACCCGUACGACCGGAGCAGGUGGGGCGAGGAGCUCAAGGACGUGGAGGAGAGAUGGAUGUCCGACGUGGACGACUCGAAGAUGAUGCUGAGCUGCAGCUGUUCGAGCUGA